AACAGAUUCUUAUCAAAUAAGCAAUGAAAAGAAAUCUGCCAAAAACGCAUUCAUGCCUCCAUGUGCCAAAGUUCCUGUUGACAAGACUUUAGAUGGUCACAUGAUACCAGUAUCCCAAUCCAAAAAAGAAAGGUCAGUUCAUCAAUUGGGCACAUCUGACUUAGCAUUGGAUUUGGAUGAUGAUGAAGAGAACCUAAUGCUGUGCCAAGAUUUUGAUGCUCACUCCACACAAUCUAGAAUAGAAACAAAAAACACCUGUGAAGAUUCCAUUCCAACACACAGACAGGAGAGCAGGAAUUCUAAAAAUAUC